GCGUAAACUGGACCGUUGAUUCUUCAUGUCUACUUAGUUCUCUGCAGGCGUUCCUUCGGCCCAGCCUCAAGACUCGUCAUGUUUACUCAGCGUGCCUCUGAGCUUCCCAGCUUGUGUGGAAAUUAUUUAAGUAGGGACCAGGAUCCAUGGAUGAUGCGUGUGUUGCUCGUCAGAAAUAUCACCAGACUCUGAGAAAAGAACAAUCGAAGGGGAUAGUAGCAGUUCCCAUUACCCAGCAACAAUGACUUACCCUAGCCAGGCGCAACGACAGCCACUAUUCAAACUUCCCCGCGUCGGUCUCGCCGCCAUCCUAACCACGCUCAACAGCCCCGGUGAGAUUGAACUUCCCGACGGCACCGUCGUGCCUGUCAAUCCACCGAAGCCACCAAUAUGGCGCGUCACCUUUCAUACCACAGCUUCCCUUCGCACUCCAAUCACGGAGAUGGCCGUGGGUGAGGCCUACGUCAAAGGCGCCAUUAGCGUGAGCGGCAAGUUGCUGAGUUUGCUUGCCUCCCGCCCAGAUUUGGAGAGCAAAGCCCCCCUUCGCCAACGUCUUCGCUUUCUGUAUGACUAUUACCUCCGUUCCAACACACGAAUGAACGCUCAAUCCGUCAGCGACCACUAUGGCCGUGGCGAAGACUUGUUCCUCACAUUCAUCGACACGCGGUACCGUUUCUAUACGCAAGGCAUUUUCGAUCAACAGGAGGCCACCGGACAGAGACUAAGUAUCGAGGAUGCAUCAGAGCGGAAGCUUGAGCGGAUUUUUGCGGCGCUGAGGUUGGAGGCCGGGAUGCGCGUGCUGGAUGUUGGUGGGGGCUGGGGUGGCGUGACGCAGUAUUGCGGUGCUAAGGGUGUGCAUGUUACCACAUUGACUUUACUCGAAAGUCAGGCGCGAUACGUGGAGCAAUUGAGGGAAAGGAUGCAGUUACCGGGUCAGGUGGUGGUUGGGGACUACUGGCAGUGGGAGAGCGAGAGGGAGUUCGAUGCGGUGGUGAUAUUAGGGGUCAUCGAGCAUCUGCCAGAUUACCGGCGGUUUGCGAAGAGGGCGUGGAAUCUGCUGCGGGUGGGAGGUAGGAUGUAUCUCGAUGGGGCGGCGGCAGUGGAGAAAUUUGCAGUGAGUCCGUUCACACGGCGCUAUAUCUGGGGAGGAACGCAUACGUACAUGGCCGUGCAAGAUGUGAUAGGAGAGUUGUUGAUGUAUGGGUUUGAGAUAGAUGAAGUUGUAAAAGAGACGAAGGACUAUGGGUGGACCAUGGAAGAGUGGGCGAGGAGGCUGGACCUGGCCAAGGAGAAGAUUGUGGCUGGCUGGGGCGAAGAGACCUACCGUAUUUUCAGGCUGUUCCUAUGGGGUGGUGCGCACGCGUUCGCAAUUAAUGCAUUGCAGGCGUAUCAUGUGGUGGCUGUGAAAACGUCGUCCAGAGGACCGAGGCCAUCAACUGGUAAGAGACUGAUCCAUUUCCUUGGGAAGCUGCGGUGA